GAUCCAUAGACAAACUUUGAAAAAUGCCACGCGAUCAUUAUUUUACAAAAAUUAAAUAUAAUUUGACAGAAUCAAAUAAUCGCACGUGUGAUUGACUACAAUUUUUGAGAAUAUUAUCAUCAAAUCUGUAAAUUUGGAAGACACAGUGUUAUUAUAAAUCAAUUCUUUGAUUGUUUCCAUUGUGAGCACAAAAUCCUGGUAACAUUCCAAAAACAAACUUGUUCGUGUGAUGAUGAACUUGUGAACCGGCGUUGCUUUACGAUUUCGUGUAACUGGAAGUUUUAGCGUUCAUUCUUUGUUCUUAUAUAUGUUGCAAAUGAAAUAAUCAACUUCCAGGAGUGUGAGUUUUAUUAGUAUUUUCGUUUCCGUAGUGUAGUUUUUACAAUCAAAGAACAAUGAUAAAUAACGAAAUGGAGAAUGGCGGCGGCGACGCCAAUUCUAAUGUGUCACCGACCAAACUCAUGGUCAAUUAUAUCCCAGAACUGAUGACGCGGGAUAUGAUGUACGCUUUAUUCUCUGCAAUGGGCAAGAUUGAGAGUUGUAAACUAAUCGCUAACAGAGGUUACGGUUUCGUGGAAUACGAAAAACACGAGGAUGCUGAGAAGGCGCGGACAGCGUUCAACGGCCUCCUAAUGCAAGGAAAGACUUUAAAAGUAUCUUUCGCCCUGCUCAACCCCGAAAACAAGGUCAGCCAUAAACCGGAUAUAGAGUCAAAUCUUUAUAUAAGUAAUCUACCUCCUGAUAUGACGCUAGAACGCCUUAACAGUUUGUUUGGUCAGUUUGGAAACAUAACCAACAGUCGUGUAUCUCAAGGAAUCGGUUUCGUAUGUUUCGAGAACAGACAACAAGCCGAGGAGGCAAUACAACAUUUGAAUGGGCAAACGCCAAUCCCAGGUGCAGGCCCAAUAGUUGUUAAGUUCGCCAACAAGCCAAAUUCCAACAAAAACCCCCCUCGGCCGGCCCCGAGAAUCGGAGUGACGACACCACUAGCGUACAAUGGAACUGCGGCCGUUUUCAAUGGGACGACGCCGGCCGCAUUCAAUGGCACCAAUCUGAGCGCAGCUUUCGGUGCACGACCUACUGCUUUUGCGCCUGGUUUCCCGCAGGCUUCACCACCACCUCUACUGCCGUCACCAGGCAAAGCAUUGCCAUUCAUCAACAAGGGUCAACAACGCUUCAAUCCAAUGGCGGCCACCAACCACACACCACUACCUCUACUGGGCGCCCCCGCGAGUCCUGUACCAUUGCUUGGUGCCCCUCCAGCCCCCCAUCAGACUACAGUGUAUGUAUAUAAUAUUGGUGAGGACACUGAAGAGCUUGCUUUAUGGCAACUCUUUGGCCCAUAUGGUGCAAUUGAUUCUAUAAAAGUGAUUAAAGAUCCUGAAACAAAGAAAAACAAAGGCUUUGCAUUUGUAAACAUGCGUGAAUAUGAUGAGGCCGCAAUGGCUAUACAGGCGCUCAAUGGAUACACGCUCAAUGGACAGGUUCUAUCAGUUAGUUUUAAGACACAGAAACGGAAUAAUUAGAGUUGAAUAGACGUUAUGAACGUCUUUUUAUUUGUGAUCAUACCCAGGCCGAAAGCUUAAAAAUUUCAUUCCAAUCUCAAAAUAUUUUUGUAGUCGAGAAGGAAGAUCCUCUAUUAUGCAUUUCAGAUUAGUCGCAUAAGUAUUUUUGUAAGAUUUAAUAUAGUUUUAUAUUCGCAAUGAACAUGACUAUCUGUGAGUUUAGUUGGCUUGACAGUAUCAUAUAUGUGUACCCACUUUUAUCAUAUGAUAUGGUAUUAUAUUAUUGGACUAUGUAUGGACCUGUCGCAGUAUGUAUAUCUGACUCGCGCAAGCGCCCGGGCACGCCCCGCCUCAGCUAGUUGCUGCCCUGACGCUUGUUUUAACCCUCCAGGUAUUUUAUUUUGUGUAAUACAAAAGCAUUGUAUGUUUUUUGAUCUUUAAUAAAUUUCAUGUUUAAAUAGA